AUGUUCGAUGGUUUUCAAGAUUUAAUAAAAAAUAUAUGGUCUGCUGUCAGAUCUAAUUCAGACACAUCCCAAUACGAGUACGACAUUCAAAAACUUUUCACAUCUUUUGUUGUAAAUGAAAAUUCAAACGUUUCAGCUGAAAAAUUUCCAACUGGAGCCAUUCCAGAUGUCGAGAAUAUUGUCACAUCCACAAAUUCUACUAAAAGAAUACGUUUAUGCUUGAUUUUGAUACUUUAUAAAGUUUAUAUCGAAAUCAAGUCAGAAUCCACUUCAAACAAGAUAUUAAAUAUUCUUAAAAGAAGCGUGCAAAUCUCAUUCAAGGAAAACAAAGUUAUAAAUAUUUUUGUUUUAAUUUCUACGAAAUAUUACGAAAAUCCUUUGUAUUUGGCAAAAUACCUAGCAUUUAUCCAAAUGUUAAACCAGUGCUCAUUAUUUAAGCCCCAAUUCCCUAAAGUUCGAUCAAUAAACGUCAAUAUUGAGUUUAAUGGAGUUAUUAAAUCAAUUUCAAUCUUUGAUAAAUGGGGACCCGAUCAAAUUAAGCAACUUGCUAAAGAUUUGUUCGGAAUCAAAGGUGAAGUUAAAAUUGAUUCAAAUUGUCAGAUUCAAAAGAACCAAAUCAUCAAAAUUACAGCUACCAGCAAUGACGAUUUCUCAACCUCACCGAAGAUACCAGUUGUUUGCCAGCACAAGGACGAGAAAAGGAUUAUUUCCACAAUUACAGGUACAUCGAUCAAAACAUUGAUUUCCAUCAUCAACCACUCAUUCAGCAAAAUUAUAUCAUCUCCCUGCCGCUAUUACGUUCAUGGAAAUAAAACUUUUGAUAUUUCCACGAAAUCCGACGUAAAUGAGCUAUCACUUCAGAGGGGAGAUGUCAUUGAGAUCACAAAACUCAUCAAUUUCGAUGAUGAUUCCAACAUGUACAACUUGUAUAAGAAAUUAUUUGCAAUUGCUGAUGGAGAAGAUCCGAAAUUGGCUGCUCUUGCCAAAGAUAUUUACAAGAAGCUUCCUGUUAACCCGAUUUGGAAGUCUCAAUUAUAUGAUGUACAAUCUUUGACUUUUACUUUCAAAGACAGACCAAUUUCGGAGCAAGAAUUCAUUCUCGAGCAGAUUAUGAAUGAAGAAAUGCUCCGAAAUAACUUCUGUAAUUACAGAGGAUACGACCGAGUCGUAGAUCUUUACUUACGGAAAGGAAAACUGACAAACCAGAUCCGUCAAUUUCUUGAAUGCGGAAAUUUCGUCUACUACAAGCUCCAGGAUGUACUUUUCAACUUGUACCAAGAGAAAGAAUUUCCGUUAGCCGGAAAACUUCUUAAAAUAGCUCACGAGGGCAAUGAUAUCGUUAGACACUACCUUCCUGACCCAGAUAGAAUCAAAAUCAUCAUAAAGAACCUCGGAAAAAACGAACAAUCAAAUUUCAUUUCAACUUUCUCUGACUACAAGAACGAAAUGGCCUAUUUCAAAGAGGUAUGUGGUGAAAGUCAGAACGAUUCCUUCAACGAUCAGUUCUUAGCUUCACAAUUUCAAGAAUUUGUUUCAAGCGAAGACGCAAAGCAGUUUUUCCAAGGUAUUAUCAGCAAAAAGAGUUAUUCCAAGCUCGAAAUGCUUUGUUUGGACAACAGAAAUGUCGCUUUAACAUAUAUAGAUAAUAUUGUCCUUCCUUUGUUCACAAACAGCGACCAAAAAGCCGUAAAUUCCGGUCAAAAGAUCUUUUCCAGCUUAGUUGAUGGAUUACGCGACCAAGAUACCAUAAUUUCCGUAUUACAAGGAAUAUCAAGGUUUAUUUCGAACUCAGCUCGCUCAAAACAGAAUCUUUACAAGGAAGAUCCAAAUGCAGAGACCGAUUUCUUCUUGAAAUUCCCGAUUGAAACUAUUUUCCGUCAUAUUUCGGAUAAAAAGUUCUUAAACCAGAAAACAUAUAAUGCCUUGAUCGAUAUACUGAGUACCUAUCACGAAAACUACCAAAAAUUCGAUGGGAACAGCUUAUCUAUUUCUAAUUGUUUAAUUGAGUUCCCUAAAGAACUAAUUUUCCCAGAAGAUUUCCACAACGUAGAAGAAGAACCAGAAGAGGAAGAAGAAGACCCUUACGAUAGUUUCAAUGAUGAUUCCGAUGACGAUGACAAGAAAUCCGAAGUAAAUCUCCUUGACAAAGCAAUGAUAAGUGUUGCUUAUUGUAACAAUUACAUGAAAGCUUUAAUUUCAAGCAUCGUUGUCAAGAUUCGACGAAAUACCAAUAAAAUCGAGAAUUUCAAGAAACUUCAUUUCGUAAGGAACGGAUUACUUGAUGCUGUUCUCCAUAAUGAAAACAGGAACUUUAUUGAACAAGCAGAAAUGAUUGAUGAUAAAAGUUUCCAGAAAAUUGUUCAAGUCUUCAAAAUGGACAUUUCUUCUGAAGAAAAUCAGAAGAAAGUUUUUGAAAUUUGUAGUAAACUCGGUUGUGAUUCGAGUAUGAGCAAGAAUGAUCUUCCUUUCCUUAUUAUUAAGUGUCUUUCAAUGAAAGAAAAAGAUGAUAACAAUGAUGAAUUAAUUAUCAAUGUUUUCAAAUCAGUUUUCAACAACAUUCCUGUUCCUACAAAAUCAAAUAAUAUAAGUGAAGCAGAAAUUCUGUGUGUAAAUAUCGUCAAAUCAUACAUUAAUGAAUGGUUUGAGUCGAAAUCCCUCGAAAACAUUGUGAUUAAGACUGCAUACUUGUACAGAUGCAUUCAUGACCUCCAGAAGAAAUGUGUUGAAAGAUUUACUGAUCAAAUCGUCAACUACAUCGCAGAAACUAUUUUGUCUGACAAUACUGAGAACAGAGAUCAGACACAGAGAUACUUCGAAAGAUUCGCACUGACAAUUAAACUUUCUUUCGAAAUUAAGCAGGAAAACAGACAGAAAUACGCACCUUUACUCAUGAAAAUAAGUGAGCACAUAACAAAUGAAAGACACAGAGAUAAUUUCAAAGGAAUUUUACCAAAAAUUGAGUAA